AUGGCAGUAUUGGAGUGGUCGCGAUUCGAAGGCAUCGACAUCAGCGACCCCUACAAGUACUCAGAAACCAUAACGGAAGCAGCCCACAAGGUGAUAGCUUCUCUCAGCAAGAGCGAAAAAGAGGUUGCGUUAUGCGACCUGGACACAGAAGGCUGGCGGAAAUGGUGCAACCCAGAAUUUGUCUUGUUCAAUUGUGGUCUCCGCCUGGAGCAUAUCGAUGAGACAAAGGUCGGUUACAUCUUGGAUCUGGUUAAGCGCUCACUCAGUGGACGCGGCUGGGCCAAAUUCAGAGGGGCGAUGAAAACAAACAAGUUCCUGGGAGAGAUUUGCGCGAGGCAAGCGAUACUCAACGAGAAGAGCUACUUCUUCACAAUAUUUGGCCAGCCUUCGGAAUCGGAACCGUGGGCUUACAUGCUGUUCGGUCACCACCUCUGCCUGAACGUUUUCAUUGCCAGGCAACAGAUGGUUAUCGGCCCCGUGUUUCUUGGCGCCGAACCAAAUAUUAUCGACCACGGGCCAGAUCAAGGGACUGAACUGUGCGCGGACGAAAGCGGGCUUGGCCUGGAACUGAUGCAGUCGCUCCCUCCAGACUUGCAGCGCAAAGCUCAAAUAUACCCGGCCAUGAUGGAUCCAUCCAUGCCUGAGGACCGGUGGAACCCAGCCGAUCAGCGACAUCUAGCUGGAGCUUUCCAAGACAACCGGGUGAUCCCAUACGAAGGCGUGUUAGCUACAGACAUGACAGCAGAGCAGCAGACAUUGCUCAUGUCAACCAUCGCUGCCUUUUUGGUACUUCUGCCACCAAAGCCACUGAAGUUCCGACUUCAGCAAAUCCAAGAGAAUUUGUCCGAGACUUACUUCUCCUGGAUUGGGGGGUUUGGUCCAGCGGACCCCUUCUACUAUCGCAUUCACAGCCCAGUGGCUUUCAAUCCGCCGGUGUCAUCGUGGUCUCCGGAUGAUUGUUUCGAGAAUGGAACCGGACCUGAGCCACAUGACUUUGGUAACGUCCUGAGCCAGCUCGGCAUAGGGGUGCCUUCCAGCUUCUGGGAGAUGGAUAGAACGGCAUUCACCGAUUUGCCUGACAUUGAUCCCUCCUUCGUAAACAUCGCAGGAGACCCAACAAGCAUACCACAGCUUUUGGGGAGUGGUGCUCUGAGUGGCCAGACUCCGUUUUCGGAUUAUAUGUCGCCAUCCUCCAGGUCAACGGGGAGUCUGACCAACGGCAAGAUCUCAAGUAUUGAGACGUUGACGAGACGAGUGGAUAACUCAGGCUCCCUCCACGGCUCCGAGCCUCCGGCAAUAUACAUUCGCAAGAAUGAAACCGCGGGGCACUACGUUGGUCAGUCGGCGAUGGCUAUCCCACAGAACUCAAGUUGA